AUGGCCGACACGAAUGAAGGACCAGUAUUCAGACCGUCUAAACGCAGAAAGGUCUUUCGAAAGAGACGCGAUGAUGAUGAGAACUCCGAGGGCGACGCAGCGACACAGACCGGGUCAACGACGACAGCGGACCACAAGCAGCAAAGAGAUGCCGAAGCAGAAACAAGAGAUGGCGGCGCGUCCGUGAACUAUGUCAGACCACUGGGCUCAAGGAAGGGUGGUGUGGCCUUCUCAUCAACACGUACCGCCAACGACAGCGGCACCAGCAGCGUCGUAGACACGAAUGCUCCACCCACGCCACUGAAUGCCGUCGAGCAUGCUCAGGCCCGCUUCGUUGCCCCUACAGGACAUAUUGCUUCGGCAGAUGACAAGCAUAUGAUGGCUUAUGUAGACUCCAAAUUAGCUCGCUUGACUCCAUCACAUGAAGCCUCGACACAGUCAUCAACACCAACACAACCCACACCCACCUCGAGUGCAACCGCCCAGCAGAACGAGAGCCAAUCUUCGGCCUCCUACUGCCAUCUAAACCAAGUCGAUGUAAGCACAUCCGUACCAACGACAACCACAUCAUCCACAACGACCCGACCUCAAAAACCGCCUCGUAAACCACACUGGCGCAAUCGUCGCAACAGCGCAGACAUAGCUCGUGACGCAAUGGUCGACCAGAUUCUGCGCGAAUCUCAACUGAACAUCUACGAAACCUCUGCCUCUACCACACACUCAAAGCCUGCUUCCGACGACACACAAGAUGCUGACGAACGCAUGGCCGAAGAAUUCAAGAGAAACUUUUACGCUGCAGCUGAAGAGAGGGCAGUAAGAAGGACUGCUGCACCUCCUCCACCAACCUUUGGCGCCAACAAGUUGGAGAGUCUGAAGGGGCCCAAAUUGGGUGGAAGUAGGAGCCAGAGGGCUGCUAUGCAUGCAGCGGAAAAGGCGAAGACAAUGAAGAAGUAG